GAGAGAACUGUAUUAGAGGCUAAUGUAUGCGUGUAAUACAUUGUCAUGUAAACUCCCGGCAGGCAGACAUAUGACGUAGUUCUCGUGGGAUGGCUUCAGCCUACAGGGAGGGGACCAGCUGUUUACUAUUUACUAUUUAUUACUAUCUACCCCCUAGUGUAGCAGGUCUCAGAGAUGCCAGGAUGCGCCGGCCCAGCAGGUGAUUGGCACAAGCUACCAGGCCCCUCCCUGUCCUCCGCCCGUGGAUCUCGGUGAAUUCCCAAGGGCAGAGCCUGGCAGGCAGCCAGCCAGCCACAGAUCCCCACCUUUGGAUGAAGCCUGGUACCCCAGGUCCUCUUGGACUCUAGGUAGGCGGCUGGGGCCUCCCGGGUUCCCCAGCUGGUGAGCACACCUGACCCGGCGGGCGUGGCAACAGGCGUGGCGGCGGGGCUGACGUGGCCCGUGGCGCGGAGCGGGUGUGAUUCAUCAGCGGCCGCCGAGAGCGAUGGGGACGAGCGCCGAGGCCUCCUAGGCGCGUCCCCUGCGCGAUAUCGGGGUCGGUGGCCUCGCUCUGGGAAAGCCAAGAUGGAAGAGAUCCUGAGGAAGCUGCAGAGAGAUGCGUCCGGAAGCAAAUACAAAGCCAUCAAAGAGAGCUGCACCUGGGCCCUGGAAACCCUGGGUGGCCUGGACACUCUUGUGAAGAUCCCUCCCCACUUGUUGAGGGAGAAAUGCUUGCUGCCUCUCCAGUUGGCUUUGGAAUCAAAGAAUGUGAAGCUGGCCCAACAUGCUUUGGCAGGAAUGCAGAAGCUCCUGUCAGAAGAGAGAUUUGUAUCCAUGGAGACAGACUCUGAUGAGAAGCAGCUGCUCAAUCAGAUCCUGAAUGCAGUGAAAGUGACACCUUCACUCAAUGAGGACCUGCAGGUGGAAGUAAUGAAGGUUUUACUGUGCAUCACCUACACCCCGACAUUUGACAUGAAUGGGAGUGCUGUGCUGAAGAUCGCAGAGGUGUGCAUUGAGACAUACACAUGCAGCUGUCACCAGCGCAGUAUCAACACUGCCGUGCGUGCGACACUCAGUCAGAUGUUGGGUGACCUGACUUUACAGUUACGGCAGAGACAGGAGAACACGAUAAUUGAAAACCCAGAUGUUCCACAGGAAUUCAGGAGUCAAGGCUUAACAGUAGAGGCCCUUUGUGAUGACGUUGUCUCUGUCCUCGCAGUUCUGUGUGAGAAGCUACAAGCCUCCAUAAAUGACAGCCAGCAGCUACAGCUUCUGUACCUGGAAUGCAUUCUCUCUGUGCUCAGCAGCUCCUCUUCCUCCAUGUACCUGCACAGGGGCUUCACUGACCUCAUCUGGAAAAGCCUCUGCCCUGCUCUUGUUGUGAUCCUGGGGAACCCAAUUCACGACAAAACAAUCACCUCUGCUCACAGCACCAGCACCAGUACCAACAUGGAGUCGGACUCUGCCUCUCUUGGUGUGUCUGACCAUGGCCGAGGCUCAGGCUGCUCCUGCACUGCACCUACCCUCAGUGGGCCUGUGGCCCGCACCAUCUAUUACCUUGCAGCUGAGCUUGUCCGCUUAGUAGGGUCAGUGGACUCCAUGAAGCCAGUGCUCCAGUCCCUCUAUCACCGAGUGCUCCUGUAUCCCCCUCCCCAGCACAGAGUGGAGGCCAUCAAGAUCAUGAAAGAGAUACUCGGGAGCCCACAGCGUCUGUAUGACUUGGCUGGACCAAGCUCUAUUGAGUCUGAACCAAGGAAAAGAUCUAUUUCCAAAAGAAAGUCUCACUUGGAUCUUCUCAAACUCAUCAUGGACGGCAUGACAGAAGCAUGCAUCAAAGGCGGCAUUGAAGCCUGCUACGCUGCUGUGUCCUGUGUCUGCACCUUGCUUGCGGCUCUGGAUGAACUCAGCCAGGGGAAAGGCUUGAGCGACAGUCAAGCACAGCAGCUGCUUCUGCGCCUUGAAGAGCUGAGGGAUGGGGCCGAGUCAAGCAGGGACUCCAUGGAAAUUAAUGAGGCUGACUUCCGCUGGCAGCGGAGGGUGCUGUCCUCAGAGCACACGCCAUGGGAGACGGGCAACGAGAGGAGCCCUGACAUCAGCAUCAGUGUCACCACAGACACAGGCCAGACUACCUUGGAAGGAGAAUUGGGUCAGACGACACCAGAGGACCACAAGAAUGGGCUCAAGUCACCAGCCAUUCGGGAAGGCAAGGAGACAAUGGGCAAAGUGUUGGAACCUGAGGCCAUCGACCAGCCCGAUGUGGUUCAGAGAAGCCAUACAGUCCCUUACCCUGAUAUCACUAACUUCCUGUCAGUGGACUGCAGGACAAGGUCCUAUGGAUCUAGGUAUAGUGAGAGCAACUUCAGUGUAGAUGACCAAGACCUGUCGAGGACUGAAUUUGAUUCCUGUGAUCAGUAUUCCAUGGCAGCAGAAAAGGACUCAGGUAGGUCUGAUGUGUCGGACAUUGGAUCAGACAACUGCUCACUGGCUGAUGAAGAACAGACCCCUCGGGACUACAUGGGCCAUCGGUCCCUUCGAACCGCUGCUUUGUCUCUCAAACUCCUGAAGAACCAGGAGGCAGACCAGCACAGCGCCCGACUCUUUGUACAGUCCCUUGAGGGCGUCCUUCCCCGGCUCCUGGCCCUGUCCAGUGUGGAAGAGGUGGACUCUGCCCUUCAGAACUUUGCCUCUACUUUCUGCUCAGGCAUGAUGCACUCUCCUGGCUUUGAUGGAGGCAGUAGCCUGAGCUUCCAGAUGCUGAUGAAUGCAGACAGCUUGUACACGGCAGCACUCUGUGCCCUUCUGCUCAACCUGAAGCUCUCCCAUGGUGACUACUACCGGAAGCGACCAGCCGUGGCACCAGGCAUGAUGAAAGAGUUCAUGAAACAGGUGCAGACCAGCGGUGUGCUGAUGGUCUUCUCCCAAGCCUGGAUAGAGGAACUGUACCAUCAGGUGCUGGAGAGAAACAUGCUGGGAGAAGCUGGCUACUGGGGCAGCCCUGAGGACAACAGCCUUCCCCUCAUCACCAUGCUCACCGAUAUUGAUGGCCUAGAGAGCAGUGCAAUCGGUGGCCAGUUGAUGGCAUCAGCUUCAGUGGAGUCGCCAUUCACCCAGAGCCGGAGACUUGAUGAUUCCAUGGUAGCAGGUGUUGCAUUUGCCCGUUAUAUUUUGGUUGGCUGCUGGAAGAACCUGAUUGAUACUCUGUCAACCCCCUUGACUGGUCGGAUGGCAGGAAGCUCCAAGGGGCUGGCCUUCAUCCUUGGAGCUGAGGGCAUCAAAGAGCAGAACCAGAAAGAACGAGAUGCCAUCUGCAUGAGCCUUGAUGGGCUGCGGAAAGCUGCUCGGCUGAGCUGUGCCCUAGGGGUUGCCGCUAACUGUGCCUCAGCUCUUGCUCAAAUGGCAGCUGCAUCCUGUGUCCAAGAAGAGAAAGAAGAAAGGGAAGCCCAAGAGCCCAGUGAUGCCCUAGCACAAGUGAAACUAAAAGUGGAGCAGAAACUGGAGCAGAUGGGGAAGGUGCAGGGGGUGUGGCUGCACACAGCCCACGUCUUGUGCAUGGAUGCCAUCCUCAGCGUAGGCCUGGAGAUGGGAAGCCACAAUCCGGACUGCUGGCCACACGUGUUCAGGGUUUGCGAGUAUGUGGGCACACUGGAGCACACCCACUUCAGCGACAGCGUCUCCCAGCCCCCUCUGACCAUCCACCAGCCACAGAAGACACCUGGGAGCUCUGGCCUCCUUGGCGAACUUGAGUUUAAGAGCUCGUCCCAGGAGCAGAGCCUGGAGCAGGGGCCUUCCCUGAACACAGCCCCCGUGGUCCAGCCACACUCCAUCCAGGAGCUUGUUCGGGAAUGUAGCCGUGGCCGGACCUCAGACUUCCGGGGAGGCAGUCUGAGUGGCAGCAGUGCUGCCAAGGUGGUGCUCAGUCUCUCUACCCAGGCCGACAGGCUCUUUGACGAUGCUACUGACAAGUUGAACUUAACGGCCUUGGGAGGAUUCCUCUACCAACUCAAAAAGGCGUCCCAGUCCCAGCUCUUCCAUUCAGUGACAGACACAGUCGACUACUCUCUGACCAUGCCAGGUGAAGUCAAGUCUACCCAGGAUCAGAAAAGCGCUCUGCACCUGUUCCGCCUCGGGGAUGCCAUGCUGCGGAUUGUGAGGAGCAAAGCCCGGCCCCUGCUCCACGUGAUGCGCUGCUGGAGCCUCGUGGCCCCACACCUGGUAGAGGCUGCCUGCCAUAAAGAACGCCAUGUGUCUCAGAAGGCUGUUUCCUUCAUCCAUGAUAUCUUGACGGAGGUUCUCACUGACUGGAGUGAGCCGCCGCACUUCCACUUUAACGAGGCACUCUUCCGGCCCUUUGAGCGUAUCAUGCAGCUGGAGCUCUGUGAUGAAGAUGUUCAAGACCAGGUGGUCACCUCCAUUGGGGAGCUGGUUGAGGUGUGCUCUGCACAGAUACAGUCAGGAUGGAGACCCCUGUUCAGUGCUCUGGAAACAGUGCACACUGGGAACAAGUCAGAGGUGAAGGAGUACCUGGUUGGGGACUACUCUAUGGGAAAAGGCCAGGCUCCUGUUUUUGAUGUGUUUGAAGCCUUUCUCAAUACUGACAACAUCCAGGUCUUUGCUAAUGCAGCUACUAGCUACAUCAUGUGCCUUAUGAAGUUUGUCAAGGGGCUGGGGGAAGUAGACUGUAAAGAGAUUGGAGACUGUGUUCCUGGAACUGGAGCUACAUCUACAGACCUGUGCCUGCCUGCCUUGGAUUACCUCAGACGUUGUUCUCAGUUAUUGGCCAAGAUCUACAAAAUGCCCUUAAAGCCAAUAUUCCUUAGUGGGCGACUUACCAUUUUGCCACGAAGACUUCAGGAACAGUCGGCAAGCAGUGAAGAUGGCAUUGAAUCAGUCCUGUCAGAUUUUGAUGAUGACACUGGUCUGAUAGAAGUCUGGAUCACCCUGUUGGAGCAGUUAACAGCAGCUGUGUCCAACUGUCCACGGCAACACCAACCACCCACCUUAGAUUUACUCUUUGAACUGUUGAGAGAUGUCACCAAAACACCUGGCCCUGGGUUUGGAAUCUAUGCAGUUGUUCACCUUCUCCUUCCUGUGAUGUCUCUGUGGCUCCUUCGUAGCCACAAGGACCAUUCCUACUGGGAUGUGGCAUCUGCUAACUUCAAGCAUGCCAUUGGUCUGUCCUGCGAGCUGGUGGUGGAGCACAUUCAAAGCUUUCUACACUCAGACAUCAGAUAUGAAAGUAUGAUCAACACCAUGCUGAAGGACCUCUUUGAGCUGCUGGUAGUAUGUGUGGCCAAGCCCACAGAAACCAUCUCCAGAGUUGGCUGUUCUUGCAUUAGGUAUGUUCUCGUGACAGCUGGUCCCGUGUUUACGGAGGAGAUGUGGAGACUUGCAUGCUGUGCUCUUCAGGAUGCCUUCUCAGCCACACUCAAGCCAGUGAAGGACCUGCUAGGCUGCUUCCACAGUGGCACAGAGGGCUUCAGUGGGGAAGGCUGCCAGGUGCGAGUAGCAGCCCCAUCUUCCUCCCCGAGUGCUGAGGCAGAGUACUGGCGCAUCCGGGCCAUGGCCCAGCAGGUGUUUAUGUUGGACACCCAGUGUUCACCCAAGACUCCAAACAACUUCGAUCAUGCUCAGUCCUAUCAGCUCAUCAUUGAACUGCCUCAUGAUGAGAAACCAAAUGGACAUGCCAAGAAAAGCGUUUCUUUCAGGGAGAUUGUGGUUAGCUUGCUCUCUCACCAAGUACUGCUCCAGAACCUGUAUGACAUUCUGCUGGAAGAGUUUGUCAAAGGCCCCUCUCCGGGAGAGGAGAAGACUGUCCAAGUGCCAGACACCAAGCUGGCCGGCUUCCUCAGAUACAUUUCCAUGCAGAACCUGGCUGUGAUAUUUGACCUGCUGCUGGACUCCUAUAGGACUGCCCGGGAAUUUGACACCAGCCCAGGGCUGAAAUGCCUGCUGAAGAAAGUGUCUGGCAUUGGAGGAGCAGCCAACCUCUACCGCCAGUCUGCCAUGAGCUUUAACAUUUACUUUCAUGCCCUGGUUUGCGCGGUUCUCACCAACCAAGAAGCCAUCACAGCCGAGCAAGUUAAGAAAGUGUUGUUCGAAGAGGAGGAGCGAAGCUCAGAUUCCUCCCAGCAGUGCUCAUCAGAGGAUGAAGACAUCUUUGAGGAGACAGCUCAGGUGAGCCCCCCACGAGGCAAGGAGAAAAGGCAGUGGAGGGCACGCCUGCCUUCGCUCAGUGUGCAGCCAGUAAGCAAUGCAGACUGGGUGUGGCUGGUCAAGAGGCUGCACAAGCUGUGCAUGGAACUCUGUAACCACUACAUCCAGAUGCACCUAGACCUGGAGAGCAGCUUGGAGGAGCCACUCACCUUCAAGAGUGACCCGUUCUUCAUUCUCCCCUCCUUCCAGUCUGAAUCAUCCACCCCAUCAACAGGUGGCUUCUCCGGGAAAAACACACCCUCCGAAGAUGACCGCAGGGAGCACAUAAAUGAACCUCUGAGUCUGAGGGUCGGCAGUGGGGACGUGCUGAUGCUGCCUCCCAGCCCCAAAACAGAGAAGAAGGAUCCUGGCCGCAAAAAAGAGUGGUGGGAGAGUGCGGGAAACAAGAUUUGCACAAUGGCCGCUGACAAGACCAUCUCAAAGCUGAUGACUGAGUACAAGAAGAGGAGGCAGCCACACAACCUGCCCCCCUUCCCCAAGGAAGUCAAGGUGGAUAAGAAAGGGGAGCCCCUGGGGCCCCGGGGUCCUGACUCCCCGCUGCUUCAGCGGCCACAGCAUCUCAUAGACCAAGGGCAGAUGCGCCAUUCCUUCAGCGCAGGCCCAGAGCUGCUGCGGCAGGAGAAGAGACCCCGUUCAGGCUCCACAGGAAGCUCCCUGAGUGUCUCUGUGCGAGAUGCAGAGGCACAGAUCCAGGCGUGGACCAACAUGGUGCUGACUGUUCUCAAUCAGAUUCAGAUCCUUCCAGACCAGACCUUCACGGCUCUCCAGCCGGCUGUGUUCCCAUGCAUCAGCCAGCUGACCUGUCACGUGACCGACAUCAGAGUCCGUCAAGCUGUGAGGGAAUGGCUGGGAAGAGUGGGCCGUGUCUAUGACAUCAUCAUUUAGAGGAAAUGCCUACAGCGUCUGCCUGUCCAUCCAGCCAAUUGCAUUUUCUCAACCACCAUCCCUCUCAAACCAGGCCUCUAAGAAACUAGUUCUCAGAAACAUAGUAACAAAGCUAUCUCUAAGCUCUCCUUAAUUAGUCAACCUUGGGUUAGUCUGGAUGUCAACAUAGGAUACAAGUAACGUAGUGAUCUCUGGCCUUGAAUAUUAUUACAGAAGAGUCUACAUUACUUGAUACAUUUCUAAAUUUAAUUUCCAAGUGCAUUUGCUUGAAGUAUUAUACCCACAUGGGUUAUUUUCAACACUUUCCUUUGGAAGCCCUAGCCUGAUCCAUUUUGAGUCAUCCUUUUCAAACUAAGUCCUUAAGAAAACAUUUGCUGGUAAGUCCAACUGAUAUGAAGUCAUAUAUCUGGCACCAGACAAAAUUAAUCAGCAAAACUUAUAAUCUGAUUAUAGUUUGGUUGGGAAGAAAACUGCAGAAGUUUAUUUUUAUUGUGUGUUUGGUUUUGUUUUGUUUUUCAGUGUUCUAAUCAAAAAAGAAAUUACUUCUAAAAUUUAUUCAGGAACAUUUCAACAUUAUUCUUAAGGUUUUUAGAUUUUUAUGUUAAUAUUCACAAGUUCCCCAGGUAAGGUACUAUUGUGCCUUUAUGUCUCUGUUUUUAAAGGAAGGAAAUUCUUUCCAAGCAUGAUUUCAAGUCUGUGGCAUUGACAUGAAGCACCCAGUGGUGUACAUUGUCACAAGACUUGAUACUGACUACUCUGUGUCCCAUGAGUCUUUGCUUCUGUUCCCAAGGCAGACAAAGAAAAGAAAGAAAAUUGGUGCCUUAGUCUUUGUUCCACAGAUAUUUCUAUGCCCCACGAUUAUCUGAACAAUAAUGUAUGACACUCAGUUUUAAGAAAGAUUAAGAUUGAUUUUAUAUCAGUAGUUUUUGGAGGAAAGGAACUCGGAGUCCUCCAUCUGGUGAGCGUACUUCUCAGGGGAGGGGCAAGAACUGUGGGAUGGGAAAACAGCUGGAAGGGGUGGGCUGGGGCUGUGAUAGAAUCAUUGUAAAUCUUCAACUAUGAUACAGUUGUGAAAUGAUGAUGUCACUUAUACACACAUUAGACUGAAUGGGAAAGGGACACUGAAUUUAGAAAACUAAUUUUUUUCUAUAUAAAACACUUCUCUCUAGUAAAUUUACUCUCUUUUAACUCAUGUUUUUCAAUCUAAUAUUUUACCUGGAGAUUUCUUUUUCUAAGUAUUAUUAGAAAAUGAAUUUGAAAUAUAGAAUCAUGUCUAUCGGGGUUAAUAAUUGAGCCUGAGGCUUAUACAUUCUUAGGAACCACUGAGCUCCCCAGAGUCCUCACCACAAUAUAUUUUAUACUUUUUACAUUAUAAUAAUGACUAAAGCUUUUUAGACAAGCCCACUUACACUCUAUAGUAUAGGAUUAGUUACUGAAGCGUUCAUGUCAUUUAGCUAGUGCCUAAAAGUAUAUUCAUGCAUCAUCCUCUAAAAAUGAAACCUCCACUCUUAAAAAUUGAAGGAUUUAAUAGGGAUUGAACUUUAUCCAGUGAUAAUAUUCAUAAAUGUUGCCCUCCAUGAGAACUACAUAGAUAUCUACAAGGUCAGAGCAAGGUUCUUUGGCUUAUCUGGAAAGUCAAAAAAAAAAUUCCCAUUAUUCAUCAUAUCACCUAAACAAAUCAGAGUCUAGAGGACAUUUUCCUAAUCCCACAAAGCAAUCUUUGCCUUUAGACAGUGAAUCUACUUGGGUAAUAAGUUUAAAAACUGACCUAAACAUGUUUUAGUUUCUCUAUUUACUAAUGUUGGGAAUCAAACCAAGACUCUGUGCAAACAACACAGAUGUUCCACACUAUUGAGCUGUAUCCUCAUCUCUUAACUCUUUGAAUAUACAAUGAGUUAUUUUACCUUCAACUUUAGAUUUUAUGGACCUUGUAAAUGCAGUUGAGACUUAACUAUUUUAUUCUUUUGUUGAGUAAACCAAGAAGUAUGCCCUAAUCAUUUGCUUUUGUAGAUUCUUUGAAAAACCUCUUCUUGGUCAGCCAGGAAGUACCUCUGUUUACUAGAAAAGGCGCUUUGGUGACCCAGAUUACAGAAUGUCACAAAAUGUGGCUCUGCAUAAAGUAGAAAAGCCAGUUUCCUUGUACAAAUGCACCAGAAGUAUGUUAGUCACUUGUUCUGAAUUGAGACCCCAUUUUCCCACAGACCAGCUACUACAAGCAUACAAGACUAGUUUGUGAAAGUGUUCUCUAACAUCCUAAUUGUGGGUCUUAAGAGUAAAAGAGUGAGAUGUACCCAACUCCUUACCUGCAAUGUUGUAAAUAUUGGCAUAUCCUCCCAUCAAUCCUUUAUGAAUCCAUUCCAAGUCCCACUUUGUUCUUAAACCUCCUCCAAACCCUCUCCAGAAAAGAACACUGCAUCCUUCAGAGUUAACCAGAGGGGGCGGUAUUUGUAGUUUCAAAUGGAUACUCAAUGCAAAGUCAUAGCCAGUGAGGCUCAGUGUGUAAGUGCACUGUUCUCUAGGUAAGAGGAAUAACAAGCAAUUAGGAGACUUGGGUGAACAAAGGCCCCUUCCCUCGCCCAGGCAGCCCCGUUCAGUGUCUAGUCUCUCCUUCCCUCGCCCAGUCAGCCCCGUUCAGUGUCUAGUCUCUGCCUUUACCGCUCUCUUCUUUCACUCCUUACAGUCUCUGAAUGGACCCAGUGGUUUUCCCCUUAGUCACUUAGACUGAAGAUCAAGGUCAAGGUGGGCUUUUGAACUUUAAAACAGUCAUUAGCAGAAUGUACAGUUAUGUCCAGAAGUAAGCAGAACGGGGUUUUAUGUGUUGCUUUUAGUUACAUGUGUUUACCAAAAGUAUAUUGCUUAAGGUUAAAAUUUUUUCUUUUCUUCGAAAAGUAUACAUCAUGAAACAGGCAACACAGUACCACAUAAACCAGGCAUGAUGAUACAUAUGUAUUAUCCCAGCAUGGUGUAUACCCAUAAUCCUAGUACUCAGAAGGUAAAAGCAGGAAAAUGGAAAUUCAAGGGCAUUUUAAGUUACACAGGGAAUUUGAAGCCAGCCUGGGCUACAUGAAAUCUUGUAGAAUACGGUUUCAGUUUUAAUAGUGAAAGGCUCAUAAAUUGUUCAGAUCCUCCCUUAGCUCCUACUGCCCUCAGUUAGCUUAAAGAUUUAAGGCUCCCUCUACAUACUCUCUUUCCUUCUUCCCUUUAGGAUAGCCCCAUAUUUCUACAUGAAGGCAAAAUUAGAACACAUUUUAUCAUUUUUGAUUAUUUAAUCACUAACCAUAAGGACCUUGAAAAAUGCUAACAGACAUUACAGAUCAGAUAACAGUAUUUUAAAUCAAGCCAGAUAUAUGCCUAUAGUCACAGCACAGAAGAGAAUAAGGAAACAAGGGUGACCUCCUGGACAGCCUGGGCUAUAGUGUAAACCCUGUCUCAAAAACACAAACAUGAAUGUCCAAAGUACUGUUAACUUAAAUUCCUGGUAUGAUGAGCAACACAGGCUUCU